AUGGCAGCGAAGACCAUCAUCGUCACAGGUGCCUCUCGAGGCAUUGGCCUCGCUAUUGCGAAGUAUCUUCUCUCCGCAUCGCAACCCCACAAUGUCGUGGUGGUGGCCCGUAGCGUCGAGCCCCUCCAGAAGCUCAAAGAGCAGUACAGCAAGCAGGUCGAGGUGGUGAACGGCGAUUUGGCAGAUUUCUCCCUCGCCCAGAAGGCAGUCGAUGCCGCCAUCAAGUCCUUCGGACAGCUCGAUGGAAUAGUCCUGAACCAUGGCAUCCUGGGCCAAGUAGGCGACAUCGCUACGGCCGACCUGAAGGAAUGGCAGCAAGGAUUUGAUAUCAACUUCAUCAGCUUGGUUGCCUUCGCUAAGGCAGGACUUCCCGCUCUUCGCCAAACCAAGGGAAAAAUCAUUUUCACCUCCUCUGGCGCCGCCGUGGCCGGAUACCGCGCAUGGGGCCUGUACGGAGCCACCAAGGCAGCCAUGAACAGCCUAGCGAUGACCCUGGGUAACGAGGAGCCCGAUGUUACGUCUGUGUCCAUCCGGCCCGGUAUGGUCGACACCGAGAUGCAACGCGAGCUGCGCGACAUCCACGGAACAAAUAUGGACUCGGAGACACACUCGAAAUUUACCAGCGCGCACAAGGACGGCAAACUCGUCCAGCCAGAGCAGCCGGGCCAUGUUAUAGCCAAGCUUGCGCUCGAUGCGCCCAAGGAGCUGAGCGGCAAGUUUUUAUCGUGGAACGACAAGGAGCUCGAGGCUUUCCAGUAG